ACUGCCCCAGUUCCUCAAGCGGUAUGUAUACGGAAGACUACGGCAUCUUCCAGAUCAACAACCGCCGGUGGUGUAGCGAUGGCAAAUUCCCCGGCAAAAAAGACUGUCCAUUCACCUGCAACCAGCUGUUCUCCCUCCAGAAUAGCAUUGAUUGUGCCAAGAUCAUAGUGCAGAAGCUGGGCAUGACACCCUGGAAAGGCUGGCGGUACGAAUGUUGGGGCCAAGAUGUGAGCAAGUACGUCGCAGGCUGUGGCGUGUAAAUGAAGACCCCGGAGUGAUGCACCCAAACGAGAUGCCUCUUCAAUUCCACACUGUUUCAAUUCUUUAGCCAGUCUUUUAACAGAGUAUUUACCCAGAAACUAGGAUAAGGAUAAACUAGGAUCGUUCCAUUGUUUUCAUAAAGAAUGAACCAUUUAAACCUAACAAACAUGUACUCCAACAUUUUGAUUUCUGAUUUUGCUAAACAUACUUGUUUCCCAAAACUGCCAUUGCCAAACUGUAUUAUAAAAAAUAAAUUGUAUAAUAAAAACAUUAUUGUAUUAUUUUUUAGUUUUAUAACGAUAAAGGAAAACUGACUACA